UUUGCGAUCAGUAGAUUUAAGCCAAAACAAGAUCAUAAGCCUACCUGGACCAAUGCACUGGAAAUCAUUAAACUUAAGGGAGCUGUUAUUUAAUCAUAAUCAAAUAGAUGUCUUGGACUUGAGUGAAAAAGCAUGUGCAUGGUCUAGGCUAGAAAAGCUUCACCUGUCCCACAACAAGUUAAAGGAGAUUCCUCCUCAGAUUGGCUUCCUAGAGAACUUGACUUCUCUGGAUCUAAGUCAUAAUCCCGAUUUGAGAUUCUUUCCAGAUGAAAUGGGAAGACUGUCCAAAAUCUGGGAUCUUCCUUUGGAAGGGCUCCAUCUUAAUUUAGAUUUCAAACAUGUGGGGUGCAAAGCCAGAGACAUUAUCAGAUUUCUUCAACAACGACUGAAGAAGGCUGUACCUUAUAACAGAAUGAAGCUCAUGAUUGUUGGUAACACUGGCAGUGGGAAAACUACCCUGCUACAACAACUAAUGAAGUGCAGACGAACAGAAUUGGGUGGUCCAAAAGCUACAGUAGGCAUCGAUGUAAAAGACUGGAUCAUUCAAGGGAAAGGCAAAAUGAAGAAAGAGCUUAUAUUAAAUGUGUGGGAUUUUGGAGGACAAGAAGAGUUCUACAGUACCCAUCCUCAUUUUAUGACCCAAAGAGCUUUAUAUCUUGCUGUUUAUGAUCUCAGCAAAGGACAAGCAGAGGUAGAUGCUAUGAAACCAUGGCUUUUUAACAUCAAGGCUCGCGCUUCAACAUCCCCCGUCAUUCUUGUUGGCACUCAUUUAGAUGUUUCUGAUGAAAUGCAGCGUAAGACCUGCAUGAGUAAAAUUACUAGAGAGCUGCUGAAUAAGCGAGGCUUCCCAGCAAUCCAAGAUUAUCACUUUGUGAAUGCAACAGAAGAAUCCGAUUCCAUUAUCAGACUUCGGAAAAUCAUAAUAAAGGAAAGUCUUCACUUCAAGAUCAGAGAUCAACCAGUGGUUGGUCAGCUAAUUCCUGACAGCUACCUGGAGCUGGAGAAGAGAAUUUUGCUGGAACGUAAAAAUGUGCCACUUGAAUUUCCUGUGAUUGAUCAAAAACGCUUACUGGAACUGGUGCAAGAAGGCCAGUUACAGCUGGAUGAAAAUGAACUUCCUCAUGCGAUUCACUUUCUGAAUGAAUCAGGUGUGCUCCUUCAUUUUCAAGACCCAGCACUACAGCUGAGAGACCUGUAUUUUGUAGAUCCUAAGUGGCUGUGUAAAAUCAUGGCACAGAUUCUGACAGUGAAAGUGGAAGGCUCUUCUAAAUAUCCUAAGGGAAUUGUAAAGCGUUCAGACGUGGAAAAAUUCCUUUUAAAGAAGAGCAAAUUUCCAAAGAUCUACAUGUCCCAAUACUUCAAACUUCUGGAAAAGUUUCAGAUUGCUUUGCCAUUAGGAGAAGAUCAACUACUAAUCCCAAGCAGCUUGUCUGAUCACAGGCCUGUUAUCGAGCUUCCUCACUGUGAAAAUUCAGAAAUUAUCAUCAGACUUUACGAGAUGCCGUACUUUCCCAUGGGAUUUUGGUCCAGGCUGAUCAACAGGUUACUUGAAAUAUCACCUUACAUGCUCUCAGGAAGAGAGAGAGCUCUUCGUCCUAACAGAAUGUAUUGGAGGCAAGGCAUCUACUUGAACUGGUCUCCUGAAGCUUAUUGUCUAGUGGAAUCAGCCGUAUUCGACAACAACCCAGACAGCUUUUUGAAAAUUACGGCACCUUCUUGCAGAAAAGGGUGCAUCCUUCUGGGGCAAGUUGUGGAUCACAUAGAUUCUCUUAUGGAAGAAUGGUUUCCUGGUUUGCUGGAUAUAGAUGUAUGUGGUGAAGGGGAAACGCUGUUGAAGAAGUGGGCUCUGUACAGCUUUCAGGAUGGCGAAGAACACCAAAAAAUACUACUUGAUGACUUACUCAGAAAAGCUGAAGAAGGUGACCUUUUGGUAAAUCCAGAUCAACCGAGGCACACCAUUCCAAUAGCUCAGAUUGCUCCUGACCUGAUACUGGCUGAUUUGCCUAGAAAUAUUAUGUUGAACAAUGAUGACCUGGAAUUUGAUGAAGCUCCUGAAUUUCUCUUGGGUGAUGGUGGAUUUGGAUCUGUGUACCGGGCAUCCUAUGGUGGAGAAGAGGUUGCUGUAAAGAUUUUCAAUAAACAUACUUCCCUCAGGCUUCUAAGACAAGAGCUUGCGGUGCUUUGUCACCUCCAUCACCCCAGUUUAGUAUCGCUGCUGGCUGCUGCCAUCCGUCCCCGCAUGCUGGUGAUGGAAUUAGCCCUUAAAGGAUCUCUUGAUCGUUUGCUUCAACAAGACAACGCGAGUUUAACUAGAACCCUUCAGCACAGGAUAGCUCUACACGUAGCCGAUGGCUUAAGGUACCUGCAUUCAGCAAUGAUCAUCUACCGGGAUUUAAAGCCUCACAACGUGUUGCUCUUUACCUUGUACCCUAACUCAGCUGUUAUUGCAAAAAUAGCUGACUAUGGCAUUGCCCAGUAUUGUUGCCGAAUGGGAAUAAAAACGUCUGAAGGCACACCAGGAUUUCGAGCACCAGAGGUGGCCAGAGGCAAUGUUAUUUACAAUCAGCAAGCAGAUGUUUAUUCGUUUGGCUUGCUACUUUAUGAUAUUUUAACAGGAGGAGGUAGAAUAAUGGAAGGCUUGAAGUUUCCAAAUGAAUUUGAUGAAUUAGCAAUACAAGGAAAGUUACCAGAUCCAGUCAAAGAAUAUGGGUGUGCCCCCUGGCCUAAAGUUGAAACUUUAAUUAAAAAGUGUUUGAAGGAAAACCCUCAGGAACGACCAACUUCUUCCCAGGUUUAUGAGAUCCUGAAUUCGGCAGAACUUCUCUGUUUGAUGAGGUACGUUUCAAUACCCAGCACGUCUACAGCAGAGUGCAUGGUAGCUGCCAAUCAAAGCUGCAAGAAGGCAGGAGUCUGGAUAGGCAACGGGAACUCAGAAAAAGCACAGCUUUCAUUUGUUAACCUAAAUACAGAUGGACACACUUGUGAGGAUAUUGCAGAUAGUAAAAUUUUAAGUUUGGCCUUAGUGACCCUUCUUACUGAGAAAGAAAACUGGAUUGUAGCAGGAACCCAGUCUGGUUCUCUGUGGGCGAUCAACACAGAAGAUGAAACAAGAAGGCAUCGUCUGCAGAAGAUGUCAGAUUCCAUCACUUGUUUAUACUGUAAUUCUCUUUCAAAGCAAAGCAAACAGAAGAAUUUCUUCCUGGUAGGCACAGCUGACGGCAAACUGGCAGUUUUUGAAGACAGAGCAGUAAAGUGUAAGGGUGCUACACCUUUGAAGAUAGUAACUAUAGGAAAUGUUAGUACACCGCUGAUGUGCUUGAAUGAAUCUUCAUACUUAUCUGAAAAAAACAUAAUCUGGGGAGGCUGUGGCACAAAGAUCAUUGCUUUAACUUGUGAUUUCUCUGUUCAAAAGCUCAUUGAAACAAAGACAAGUCAACUGUUCUGUCAUAAUGCUUACAGUGAUGCAAACAUUAUUUCAAUAGCGAUAGACAAAUCCAUCUACUUGGCCAAGAAAAACAGCCAUUUCGUGGAAAUCUGGGACAAGAAGACAGAAAAACUUUCUGAACUAAUUGACUGUGCACAUUUUCUUAAGGACAAAGUGGAAAAGCUGGAUAAGGAAUCAAAACAUAAACUGGCUUAUUCUGGAAGAGUGAAGACAAUUUGCCUGCAGAAAAAUACUGCACUGUGGAUAGGGACAGGAGGAGGACAUAUCUUGCUGCUUGAUUUAUCAACACGUCGUCCUAUACGAGUUAUAGACAACGUUUGCGAUUCUGUUAGAGUCAUGAUAACAGCUCAGCCAGGGAGUCUGAAGAAUGCCAUCCUGGUUUUGGGAUAUUGCUAUAAAAGUGACACCGAUGACAACAAAUACCACAAAGAAUUACAAUCCUGUGUGUCAGUGUGGGACAUUAACCUGCCCCAUGAAGUGCAAAACCUGAAGAAACAUAUAGAAAUGAGACAGGAGUUAGCAGAAAAAAUGAAGAACUUUUCUUUGGAGUGA